GUGUGUGUGUGUGUGUGUCUUACCUCUCUCCAGCGAUUCUCAGAAGGUGUGUAUGUGUGUACUAACAUUUAUGUCGGUGUGGGUUCCCAUCGGUGGGAGCACAUCCACCUAAGGAGUUCCAAAAUCGGAGUGGGGCCCAAAAUGGUGGGCCCCAAUCCGAUUUCAAUUAAAAUAAGCUCAGCAGCUUCCCCUGAUGCUACCAUUGCUUUUUUUUUCAUCUCUAAAAAGUGGCCCGUAAGGUAGCAAAAAGUGGGUAAGUGUGUGAAGGUGUGUAUGGUCGAGCCUUUUUUAACCGGAAGUCAGGAUAUACACUUCCCGCGAAUUCAAAUACACACCGCGGGAAUCUGAAACCUUUGGCCAAUGAAAUUACUGCACUGUAUAAUUAGGCGCGAAAGUAAGGAAAACUGCGGAAAUUGCACAAGAAGAAGUAGAAGAAGAAGAAGACUUCAAGGAUUGAAGAUUGAAGACAGAAGAAGACGGAGUGGUUGAAAAUCUGAAUAUUUUUACAAAUACCGACCUCUGAUGCAACAGGGCCAUUAUGUCCACAAGGAGGAUGAGGAAAAAGCCUAUAGAUGAUGCAAAGACAUACAUUCUGUCUUGCACUGACAAGGAUGGGUUUAUGCCGAGAUUCAUUGACCAUUACAAAGGAAGAGGAGUGUUUGCCACACACCCCAUUGAACCCGGGGACUUCGUGUUGGAGUACAGGGGUAAACUCCUCACACAGGUGGAAUGCAAGUCAAGAAAAUACUCAGAGAUUGAAAGCACAUUUCUCUUUGACUUUCAGUGGCAGAAUCAUCACUUAUGCCUGGAUGCAUCUGAAGAAGAUGGAUCUCUCGGAAGAUUGGUCAAUGACAACCACAAAAAUCCAAAUUGCGUUAUGAAAAAAAUCAUAGUUGACGACAAACCACAUUUGUGCCUUUUUUCUCUGAAGAAAAUAGAAAUAGGAGAUGAAAUUGAUUACAACUAUGGCGAUUCAAAAUGGCCUUGGCGCAGUAAGUUGAAAAAAAACCAAGCUCCAGCCGCAGCAUUAGAGAAUGAGACUAGCCCUGUUCCUCAGAUGCUAAAUGAUGGACCAAACCCAGAUCAGACCUGCACACAGGUGAAAGGCCUUCAGACUCCAGCCGCAGCAUUAGAGAAUGAGACCAGCCCUGUUCCUCAGAUGCUAAAUGAUGGACCAAACCCAGAUCAGACCUGCACACAGGUGAAAGGCCUUCAGACUCCAGCCGCAGCAUUAGAGAAUGAGACUAGCCCUGUUCCUCAGAUGCUAAAUGAUGGACCAAACCCAGAUCAGACCUGCACACAGGUGAAAGGCCUUCAGACUCCAGCCGCAGCAUUAGAGAAUGAGACCAGCCCUGUUCCUCAGAUGCUAAAUGAUGGACCAAACCCAGAUCAGACCUGCACACAGGUGAAAGGCCUUCAGACUCCAGCCGCAGCAUUAGAGAAUGAGACCAGCCCUGUUCCUCAGAUGCUAAAUGAUGGACCAAACCCAGAUCAGACCUGCACACAGGUGAAAGGCCUUCAGACUCCAGCCGCAGCAUUAGAGAAUGAGACCAGCCCUGUUCCUCAGAUGCUAAAUGAUGGACCAAACCCAGAUCAGACCUGCACACAGGUAUUUACUGUCCAAGGAUUUUCACUGGUUGAUUAUCCAUAUAGUGAUGAAACUGAUGAGGAUGGUAUGGAAAACGAACCUCCCACCCCACACCUGGAUGUCAUUUUAGGGCAGAAUGAUAUUGGCCCAGAUGUUUCAAAUCAUUUGUACGAUUCAGAUGAAACUGUUGUGAAAGAAACUUGUGAUGAGGCUUCUCCAAGCAACCAUUCCAACAAUCAAUCGGAUGAUGAACUUGUUCCACCACUGAGACGCACAAAAAGCAUUAUGAUGGAUAGAGUACAAGAUUUUACCCACAGUCUCUAUGAUAGUGACAGCCCAGAGGAGACUACCUUUUUUAAGCCUGAAAGGGAUUCACAGAAGCUGAGAAGAAGGUCUUGCCGUCCCAUUCAGAUGAAUCUCAUGGAAUCGGAUGACUCAAACUUAGGUAGCGAAGAGGAGUAUAUUCCAAAUCCCAUAGAUGAAAGCACAGAAAGUGAUAGCAGUAUGGAAUUAACCCUGGGAAAGGAAAAAAAGAACAAAGGUGCAUCAUCCAGUCAGAGCAAGUUUAAGCCCAGAGAGAGAAGUAGAUCUUCCAGAGAGAGUGGAAGCGAGUCCUCCAGACAGAGCAAGUCUAAGCCCAGAGAGAGAAGUAGAUCUUCCAGAGAGAGUAGAAGCGAGUCCUCCAGACAGAGCAAGUCUAAGCCCAGGGAAAGUGGAAGUAGAUCCUCCAGAGAGAGUGGAAACGAGUCCUCCAGACAGAGCAAGUCUAAGCCCAGGGAAAGUGGAAGUAGAUCCUCUAGUCAUAGCCAAUUUGACUUUAGCCAGAGAAGACUUUUGGAAAGAUGUCAUGAUCCCACACAAAGAUUUCCAAAUAGCAGAGUUGAUGGGAAUGAAAAGGAAAUCACAACAUAUUCUGAAAACAACGUUUCAGUGCCCCUGGAAGAAGAGCAGUAUAUCAUUGUCAGUCCAACUUUAAAGAAAGAUGAUGGAUCCAGAAGCUAUAACAAGAAACAUUUCUGCUUUUAUUGCAGGAAGUUUGUCCAGAAAAUGUCAAGACACUUGUGGCGUAAACACCAAGAUGAAUUGGAUGUUGCGAAAGCAUUCAGUUUUCCAAAAAACUCAAAGGAAAGAAAACUACAAUUGGACUACAUACGAAAUAAGGGAAAUUUCGAGCACAACAGUCAUGUUUUGGAAACACAAAAAGGAAAACUAAUCCCAUGUAAACAACCAGGAAAAAAAUCAGAGGGACAUAAAUUUGCACAUUGCAUUCACUGCUAUGGGCUGUUCUCAAGAAGAGCGAUGUGGCGGCAUUUCAAGGUCUGCAGCUUCAAACCCGAAAGUACUAAACCAGGUAAAAAUAGAGUUCAGGCAUUGUGUGCUUUCGCUGAACCUUCUCCAUCGGAAUAUACAGAUGCGUAUUGGAAGUUCUUGAGUGUAAUGAUUCAGGACAAGAUUGCAGUUGCAAUUAAAGGAGACAACUGCAUCCUCAAUUAUGGUUUCAGGUUGUUCAAAAAGAAUGAGAAGAUAGUCAGUCAACACCAGUAUAUACGCCAAAAACUGAGAGAACUUGGCAGGCUUUUAUUGGAAGCUAAAAAAAUCACACAUGUGAAGACCAUUCAAGAACUCAUCAAACCUGAACAGUACUCCCAGGUUGUCAGAGCUGCAAAGAACCUAUCUGGAUUCAGUGAGGAAACUGGCAUAUACCAAUGUCCCUCUCUUGCACGCAAGGUAGGGCACAGCCUGCAUUCGUUGGCUAUGUUUAUCAAGUCCGAAGGACUGAAAAAGAAAGAUAAAGAAACCAUUAAAGAUGCUGAGGAGUUUGCACAGUUGUAUUUAGAGAGUUGGAGGUUUGAUAUUGCAGGCCAGGCAUUAACCCAGCUUAACCGGGCCAAAUGGAAUGCACCGCAACUUUUACCUCUUACACAAGAUAUCCAAAGGCUACAUUGCUAUCUAGAAGAAAAACUGCAGCAACAUCUCAAAGAUUUAAAAGAACAUCGUUCAUCCACAAAUUGGAAGGAACUUGCAAAAGUAACGCUGACUCAAGUUAUGCUUUUUAAUCGGCGGAGAGCAGGUGAAGUGUCCCGAAUGCGCCUGUCUGCAUACUUAUCGAAGGACACAUCAGAGGAACAGGGAGAUGUAAAUUUGGCCCUCACAGCGCUUGAGCAGAAGCUCUGCAGGCAUUUUGUGCGAAUAGCAAUUGUUGGAAAAAGAGGAAGGAAGGUUCCUGUUCUUCUAACCCCAUCAAUGAGAGAAUCACUUGAUGCUCUUACUGAGAGCAGAGAAGAAUGUGGGGUGCUGAAGGACAAUGAAUAUCUGUUUGCAUUGCCACAAUCUGACCAUUACCUCAGGGCUUGUGACUGCUUGAGGCAAUUUGUCAGUGAAUGUGCAGACAUAAAAAAUCCUCAAGCGCUAACAUCAAUUCAACUGAGGAAACAUAUUGCUACCCUGUCUACUGUUCUGAACCUUAAAACCACCGAGCUCGACCAGUUGGCAGACUUCCUUGGUCAUAAUAUCGCUGUUCACAGGAAACACUACAGGCUCCCAGAAAGCACCCUACAAUUAGCCAAAGUAAGUAAAGUCCUUCUGGCAAUGGAACAAGGACGCCUAGGAGAUUACAAAGGAAAGAGCCUCGAUGAAAUACAAGUCGAUGUAAAUGAGACCAUUGACAUGGAGGGACCUUUAGCAGAGGACAUUGAAGAUGUCAGUAUGCUAGGAGAAGAUGGGUCAGAUGAUGAGGUCAGCAUGUCAUCCACGCAAGAAUGUACCUCCACAUCACAAAGUCAAAACCAGGGAGUGUCUGCCACCGAUGUCAGUAUGCCAAGAGAAGAGGGGUCAGAAGAUGAGGUCAGCAUGUCAUCCCUGCAAGAAUGUUCCUCCACAUCACAAGUCCAAAACAGAAGUGUGUCUGCAAAAAAGAGAGGAAAACAAACGGCCGUCAAAAGAAGCUGGACCCCAGACGAGUGUGCUGCAGUGGACACACAUUUGAGGAGAUUUAUUGUAAUGAAUCAAGUUCCUGGUAAAGAAGAGUGUCAGCGCUGUAUUACUGCAGAACCUCAAGCUCUCAGAAACAGGGACUGGAAAGCAGUUAAAUAUUAUGUUAAAAAUCGCAUUACAGCCCUGAGAAGAAAAGUCUAGUGUACCUAAUGGAACUGAGGUAAAACCAAAACAUUAGAGGUAGGAUCUUAAAAUGUUUUGUAUUUGGUUGUGUUCUGUUGUAACCUUGUUGUUGUUGUUGUAGGGGUUUGCUCAGGUUUUAUGGCUGUCCAGUGGCCUACAAAUAUACAGUUAUACAAUAUACAGUUCUUAUUUAAUUUAAUUUUUUAUUUGAUGGAUGUAGGAUGGAUGUUGGAUGGAAGUUCGAGAGCUGGGUGGAUGUAGGAUAGAUGAUGGAUGGAUGUUGGAUGAAUGUAGGGUAGAUGUUGGAUGGAUGGAUGUUGGAUGGAUGUAGGGUAGAUGUUGGAUGGAUGGAUGUUGGAUGGAUGUAGGGUAGAUGAUGGAUGGAUGGAUGUUGGAUGGAUGUAGGGUAGAUGUUGGAUGGAUGGAUGUUGGAUGGAUGUAGGAUGGAUGUAGGGUAGAUGAUGGCUGGAUGGAUGUUGGAUGGAUGUAGGGUAGAUGAUGGCUGGAUGGAUGUUGGAUGGAUGUAGGGUAGAUGAUGGAUGGAUGGAUGUUGGAUGGAUGUAGGGUAGAUGAUGGCUGGAUGGAUGUUGGAUGGAUGUAGGGUAGAUGAUGGCUGGAUGGAUGUAGGAUGGAUGUAGGGUAGAUGAUGGCUGGAUGGAUGUUGGAUGGAUGUAGGGUAGAUGAUGGCUGGAUGGAUGUUGGAUGGAUGUAGGGUAGAUGAUGGAUGGAUGGAUGUUGGAUGGAUGUAGGGUAGAUGAUGGAUGGAUGGAUGUUGGAUGGAUGUAGGGUAGAUGAUGGCUUAAUGGAUGGAUGUUGAACAGAUGUUGGAUAUAUGGAUGGAUGUUGGAUGUUGGAUGGAUAUUGAUAUAUUCUUAUUUAUUUUAAUGCAUUUAUUUAUUUUAGGGCCUAAACACUGAAAGUGUGUGGGGCAUAUGUUAAAUAUUUCAAAGGAUUUUUCAUUUCUUUAAAUAUCUCUGUAUCAUUAUUUCAAAAUUUGAGGCUUCACUGGAAAGAACAACUUGUCUUAACAUGACAUUAUGGAUGCAGUCCAAUAUAACAUAUAAUUUCAAUGCCUAUAUAAGAGAAACUGUUGGGUUUACAUAAAAGUUCAGGCUGAUGUUGUUCAAACAUUGAGUGCAGAUUGUACAAACCUAGACAUUAAAUUAAUAAUUUGUUUUAAUGAUUUCAUAAAAAGUUUAUUGACUGACAACUGUGUGGCAUAAACUUUGUCAUUACAAUAAAAUUGGUUAUUUCA